UGUUAUUUUGCAUGCCGAAACGACAACACGUUAUUUAAAAACUCUCUUUUAAUAAAUGACGAUAAGUUACAAUUUUAUUUUAUUUAAAAAUUAAUUCGACAGAAAAGAAAAAUUUGAAGGAAAAGUGAAAAACAAUUUGAAAAAAAAAUAUUAAGAAUCACGAAAUUCUCGGAAGUUUCAAAAAGUGACGAAAACUUUAAUGAAUGAAUAAUCAAAAAUUUUGGGAAACUUAAGGUGACUAACAACACUUAAGAAAAAACAGAGAAGAAAAACGAAACAAAGUGAAAAGUUACAAGAUCGCAAAAUAGUAAAACAGAAUUUUCAUUGCGAAAUAAUUUUUUCGGUGAUUCAGCAAAAAUUGCUUAGAAGUGGAAAAUUGUUUAUUAAAUAUUUUCUUCUCGUGAAAUAAUUUCACGGUGAAAAUAAAAGAAAAGAAAACAUUUAAGCAGAAAGACGAGAAAAGGCGCAAAUUCCGGAUUAAUUCACAAAAGUCGCUUCAAGAACAACACCGUACAUUAAUGUUCUUUAACAAUCGGAAAGUAACUAGCGCACACGAAACAUUCUAAUCAACCUCAGUUUACUUUGUUAUGGUGAUGGUGACUGAGCUUCAUCAUCAAGAAAGUGGAGCACCGAUAAAUGGUGGAACCAUUCAGCGAAAUAUUGAUUCAGGUUUAAGCAAAUCGUGUCAUUAUUCAAACGAUUCAUCAGUUUUAAUGUUGAGAUCAGACUCAAUGAGUCCCACAAUGAUGAGUGAAAUGGGUGACGAACAUUACUCAAAAGACUCUUCACCCAACUCUCCAACACCCUACGACGGUUCAGUUAAACGAAAAGAUAUUUUUUCACAACGAAAGCAACGCGAAUUCAUCCCAGAUGCAAAGAAAGAUGACAGCUAUUGGGAUCGAAGACGUCGAAACAAUGAAGCAGCAAAGAGAUCACGUGAAAAGCGACGAUUUAAUGACAUGGUUCUGGAACAACGUGUCAUUGAGUUAACAAAAGAAAAUCAUGUUCUCAAAGCACAACUCGAUGCCAUCAAAGAUAAAUAUAACAUCAGUGGUGAGAAUUUGGUAAGCGUUGAUCAGAUUAUGGCGACAUUGCCAACAAGUGAACAGGUCUUGAGUCUCACCAAACGUUUGAAAACAAGUCCAUCACAUGGUAGCAAUGGAAACAUUCGUUACGAUACACCAAGUUUGAAUGGAAACAGUCCACCCAAACAAUCAUUAACACCAGCUAACUAUGUGGUUACACCACGUGAACAGUUACAUCCCGUUGAACACUCUCAACAGAUUCAUCAACAAAUGCAACAGCCGCAGCCGCACAUGAUUUACAGACAAAAUCAGGAGAGUCCAUUUGAAGGUCAUCAUCAUGUUGAUGAUCGUAAUGAAAGUUAUGGGCCUUCAGCGAAUGUUCCAAUCAUUCGUGUUUCACCAAAUCCUCCACAUCAUCAAGUUCCUUCGACCCCAGUGAUCACUUCGUUGUUUAAGCCAUUGCACCCUACACCUGUACAAUCACAUCAACGUCAACCAUCACCUCAACAACAUCAUCAGCCACAUGAUUUACACAAAUUUAUCUUGUUGAACAAGAACGGCGAGUCGUUGACAUCUGAGAAAGAUAAGAAGCCAUCAAAUGGAGCGAAUGUGAUUAGCGUUGAAAAAAUGGUGAUCGACGAUGAACCUACUGGUAUGAUAGCAACAAGCAAACCACCAUCUGGCUUUCAACAUCAUAUUCAGCUAACAAAGUUCUUGACAAGUAAAGCGAAUUACAUGCCACACCAUUCGUAUGGUCAUCACGCGCACCAUAAUGAAUUGGAGACAAGCAGUGUAUUGAACUUGUCUAGAAGAACGUGCAGCACAGGAAGUGGAAGUGACAUUGGAAACGAUCAUGAGGUCGAGCAUUUCGGUACAAAUGAGUAUUACAAUGAUUACGCAAAUCACGGUGGUGGUAGCAAUGGAAAUCAAAGUGAUCGAAGUAGUACAGUUGAUGAAGAUCAUGAAUUGGAGCAUACGUCGAAUGCAAGUGCUGGAAGUAACAUUUCAAAUGAUCACAAUAAUAGUUUGCCAUUAAAAUUGCGUCAUAAAACUCACUUUAUCGGUGAUAAAGAAUCGGCAGCAACCGCCUUACUUGCCUUGCACAACAUUAAACAAGAGCCAAAUGGAACGUCAAGCUCACCUGUUUGGGAUGGUGAGAAUUCAUCAGACGAACGUGACUCGGGUAUCAGCAUUGGACAUACCAAUGUCAAUGGCACUGAUUGGUCGAACAUUCAGCGUAAAAUUAUCAUCAAUGCUAACACGGCAUCGGCUGAGACCUUCGAACCAUUUAACACAAAUUUGACGGGUUUGCUUGUAGCUGAUCAACGCGUAGCAACGGAACGUGGUGACAUUCACCUGAAGUCACAUCUUGCACGUUUAGAAUCGGAAAUUCACACAAUCAAGAACAUGAUGAUUCUUAACACAAAUGGUAGCAGUGCCCCAAUUAAUGCUUAAGAUUCUGACUUCUCCCAAAAUCUUUUUUUCUUUUAUUUUCGUCUUUUACAAAUCAAUGUUAAAACGCACGUCUUUUCAUAGAAGAAACAGAUAAAUUAAAAGGAAACAAUCAGAAUAUAUCUAAAGAUUAAAAUUUGUUAAUUCAUGAAAUUUAUGCUUGCUGUGGUUGCACAACAGAAAAGCAAAAUAAAAUUUUUAUAAACAUUAUUGAUCAUAAAUUCUUAUAGAAUCGGAAACGAUAAUUAAUUUUAUCGAAAUAAAAUGAUAAAACAGAGAAAGAAAGUAGCAAAGUUACUAUCUGUAUAUGUAUGAAAGUAGAGAGACAGAAAUAUAUAUUUUAGUAGAUAAUUAAGUUUCGAGUCAAGGACUCGAUUAAGAAUUAGAAUUAAUCAUUAGGAUUUUAAUUUUGUAAAGAAAGAAAUAAUUCGUCCUUCAAAAUGAACUUUUAAAAUAUGGAAUGAUGAAGUAAAGUUUGUAAAUCUUUUAUACUUAUAAAUAUUGUUUGUAGCUUUACAACAUAAAAGCUUUGUGCACAGUGCACGAGGCAACAUAAUGAAGAUAUUUUAUUUAUUGAUAAAAACAUUUUUCAACUAUCUUUCUACUGUUUUAAGAAGAAGUGAAGUUUUAAUGAUUUUAGUGGAUAUGUUUUUCCUAUUGUUAAGUUAUUAGAUAUGUUAUGUUCAAAAACACAACCAGCGUUUACAGUAUGAAUAUUUAAUUAAAAUUUGUAGUUUUAUCGUAAAAACUUAA